AUGGAUUCAUCAAGCCCGAGCCAGUCCCCUGGCCCCGAAUCGCGUCGCCGGUCCGGACGCGUCGUUAAACCCACACGAAAGUUUGCCGCCGACGCCGCGCACAACACCGCCGCGAAGCGCAAAAGAGGGAUUGAUCAGGAGGGUGAUGAUGUAGACCAGGAUACUGCUGCUGUCGCUUCUGAUGAGGAAAUGUCUGAUGACUUGGACGACGAGGAUCCUAGCGAUCCCGAUGAUGACGAUGACCACGACGACGCCCCCGCACGCCGACGCAAGACCAAAAAGCCUCCAAAUCUACCCGUCCCAGAAAGCCCGCAAGCAAAAGGGUCAAGACCAACGGCGCAUCCUCCGGACACCCUUCUAGCCUGCCCACUAGACCGAAGAACUGAAAUCUUCGGAUCCGGCGACUCAGUCGACUCCGUUGCGGAGCAGUGGCUCACGCGAUUCCGCGCCGACCCAAGCGCCGCUGUCACAGAGCUUGUCAAUUGUGUCCUUCAGUGCAGUGGCUGCGAUCUCUCAGUAACCGAGGAUGAUAUCCGAGACCCCGAUAACUGCCAGAACCGAAUAGCAGACCUUCAAAGUGUCUGGCAAGACCAACAAAUCACCGAUUAUCCCUUGAUCUCUAAGGCGAAAAGCACCAGGUCGUUCCGAGACCUUCUUAACGCCUUCUUUUCCUCCCUGGUCAACCUUCUGCACACGACGGAUAUAUUGUAUACCGACGAGUCCCUAAUGGACAAUGUUCACAGAUGGGUAGCCACCAUGUCCUCUUCGACAUUACGUCCUUUCAGGCACACCGCCACCACCAUUGCUCUCGCCCUUCAGGCCGGAUUAGUCGAGGUUGCCGCAAUCCUUGACCAUAGGAUCACUAGCGUAGAGCAGCAGCUCCAGGCGAGCAAGCGUGGCAAGAAUAAGACCAAGGCCCUGGAAAUGCAAAAGCCCUCGACCAGGCCAACAACUAUCUGCGUUGAGGCCCUCGGCUACUGGAUUUGGGAACUGCCCACGGUCUUCAUGGAGCCCGAGUAUUUGCGAUACCUUGGUUGGAUGUUGACGGACGUCAUGCAUUCCACCCGCCAUGAGGUCUUGAAGCAGCUUACGAGAAUGUUCAAGCGAGACGCGUCACAGCUUGGCCAUUUCAUCGAUCGAUUCCGACCCCGUCUCGUAGAAAUCGCCACCAAGGACGCCGAUAUCUCCGUAAGGGUUUCCGCUAUCUCCGCCAUUGAGAUGCUGAGGGUGAACGGAAUGCUCGACCCUGAUGAGAUCGACAGUGUGGGAAGACUCAUCUUUGACAGCGACCCCCGAGUGCGAAAGGCUGUUGUCAACUUCUUUACCGCAUGCGUGCGAGAGCUGGUCGAAGCCAAGACCGAGGAGAUGGGUGGCACCGACGCUGUCGAAGAGGCCUUUGGUAGUGUAGAAGCUGACGACUACCAAACUCCUAGGGCCGAGUGGGUCAACAUCAAGUGCCUCGCCGAGAAUCUAGCCGCGUACGACGCCCAAAUUGAGGCGUCGGGCGUGCAGGAACCGGCCGCGGCUUAUGACAUGUCGACGGCCCUACUCCAGUCUGCACUACCGGACACUCGCAUCUCCCUCGCUGCCCAGGUGCUUUACGAGAGGAUGCCUGAGGUAAAGGAUUGGGAAGCGAUUGCGGGCUACCUGCUUCACGAUCACACCACAAGUGCCAAGUCAAAGGCGAAGAGGGGCAAGGCCAGUGCCGAAUCUGUAGUCAAGUCGGCGAUAGCUCCCGUCGAGGAAGAGGAAGCGAUCCUUCUCGAGAUCUUGGCGGCCGCUGCAAAGCUCACACUGCACCCGACCCAUCACGACCACACCAAGAAGCGUACAAAGGCGGACCUCGCAGAGGAUGCUGAAGAGACCGCCGUUCAACUCGCCGCCGCCAUCCCACGCCUUCUCAACAAGUACGGCGCUGACCCGGACACGGCGAUCUUAGUCUUACGGCUUGAGCACCUACUCGACCUCGAAUUGUUCCUCCUUGCGGCAGGACUCGAACACCACGACAAGCGCGUUCUCGCCGAGGCGACCAAGGCGCUUCUCCAUGCCCGCCAGUACGACGAGCUGGAGGAAUUGACGGACGGCCGCCUUGCUGCCCUCUGGGAGAAUGUUGUUGAGGCGCUUCGCAACUUUGACAAGUACUGCGAGCUCUCCAGCCGCGGAAACCUUGACGUGGACAAGCUGACUGAUCUAGCUACCGUGCUCGCCAAGAUCUCCAAACUCGCGAGCACUUCGGACUGUGUUGACGUACUGGAGACGGAAGGGCGGUCCGCUGACUCGUCGGCCUCUCUCAUCAGCAUUCUCGUGGAGAUUGUCCAUCGGGGCAAGUUUGACCAGUCCGAUCCAGAUUUCGACGAGGCUGAGGACCAGGUCGUUGGUUUCGCGAUAGAAAGCUGCCAGUUCUACUUUAUGUGGAAGAUCCGGUCUAUCAUGAACGUCGUCGCCAGUGGCGGCCAGGUCUCCGCCAAGGACAUCGAGGGACUCUCGUACCUCAAGGAGAAGUAUCGCAGGAACCUCGUCGUCUCCUUCACGACACGCACCGCUGUCGACGAGCUCUGCCGCAGCGCGACCGGCAGCUUCUGCGACUUUUACGUCCUAUUCAGCCAGCUCCGGCCCUUGGUUGAGAGCGCCAGCAGCCACGCCUGGAAGGCCCAGAACUUGGACCGCGUGGCCGGGCUUGUCUCGGACAUAGAGCCGGGUCUCGUCAAGGAGCUUGUUGCCAUCUUUGAGAGCGUAGAGAAACACUUUGCUAAGCUGACCAAGCGGACGCUCAACGACCCCGCCGAGGAUGAGGAUCCCAUCGACUUCGAGGACGACGAGGACGAAGACGCCGGCGAUAAUCUCACCCCGGCUGAGAGACUCUCGGCUCAGCUGCAGGCUGAAAAACAUCUCUGCGAGCUCGCGGGUAAGCUCGUUCUUGCCAUCUCAGCCAAGGUGCUCGACCAUACCCCCGGGGAGCGUCUCAAGCGGCGCCUCCUCCGCAACUCGACGCGUCUGGGUAACAACUACAAGGAAAUCGUCGCCUUCCUAGAUGAGGCCAAGGUGGCUGCCCUGCUUGCCAGCAAAAAGGCAGGUGACAGGCAAAAGAAACCGGCCUCGGCGGCAGGUCCACCAGGCGCCACCAACAACGGCAACGCCGUGCUAGCUAGACAAGCCCCAAAGAGCGCGGCUAUGGUCCUUCUCGGUGACGAUGAUGAAGAUAAUGAAGAGGACGAGGAGGAUAUCCACGCCGAGCCCGAGGAAGAGGCGCAAGAGGAGGACGAGGAAGAGAGCGAGCCUGAGCCCCCAUCGCCGACGACGAGUCUGUCCUAG